UCUGUGGAGCAUGCCGGGAGUCGUAGUCCGCGCGCACUUUGUGUUCUGUGCGCUUCAUGGCCGCUGGCGCUGAGCUCUCCUACUCUUCCGCUCGGCCCUAGAAAGUUUCGUUUCUGCCCGGCGGUGGACCCACGAGCGUGUGCCACCAUGGAGUCUGACCACUGCUGACUGGAAGCCGCACAGCACUGAAGUGAAAGCCUGUUGUGGACCUACACAUCCAAGAAAAGGAGACACCAUGGCUUCUAGCAGCACUGAGACCCAGCUGCAGAGGAUCAUCCGUGAUCUACAAGAUGCAGUGACAGAGCUAAGCAGUGAAUUUAAGGAAGGUGGAGAACCGAUCACAGAUGACAGCACCAACUUGCACAAGUUUUCUUAUAAACUUGAGUAUCUUCUGCAAUUUGAUCAGAAGGAGAAGACUAGCCUCCUGGGUAGCAAGAAGGACUACUGGGAUUACUUCUGUGCCUGCCUAGCCAAGGUGAAGGGAGCAAAUGAUGGGAUCCGAUUUGUCAGGUCCAUCUCUGAGCUCCGAACAUCUCUGGGAAAAGGAAGAGCUUUCAUUCGCUACUCUUUGGUGCACCAGAGGUUGGCAGACACUUUGCAGCAGUGCUUCAUGAACACUAAAGUAACCAGUGACUGGUAUUAUGCAAGAAGCCCCUUUCUGAAGCCAAAGCUGAGCUCUGACAUUGUGGGCCAACUGUAUGAGCUGACUGAGGUGCAGUUUGAUCUAGCAUCAAGGGGCUACGACCUGGAUGCCGCCUGGCCAACAUUUGCCAGGAGGACGCUGGGCACACCCUCUUCUCACAUGUGGAAACCCCCCAGCAGAAGCUCCAGCAUGAGCAGUCUAGUGAGCAAUUACUUGCAGACUCAGGAGAUGGCCUCCGGUUUUGACCUAAACAGUUCUCUAAACAAUGAAGCACUAGAAGGUUUUGAUGAGAUGCGGCUGGAGCUGGACCAGUUGGAGGUUCGGGAGAAACAGCUGCAAGAGCAUGUACAGCAGCUAGACAGGGAGAAGCAAGCACUCCAAGUGAUGAUCAGCAGGCAAGGGGAGCAGCUUGAGGUCGAGAAGGAGAGGGGGUACCCUUCAGUGGAGGGUAACAUUGGCCUCGUGGGCCUGGUGGCAGAGCUUCAGAAGCAGGGGGAGGCCACCAAGACCACAGUGAAGAAACUACAGACCUAUCUGCAGGCCUUGGAGCUGAAUGUAGACAAGAAAGAGAACAGUCACUCAGCCCUGCAGCUUGAGACCAUGGCACAGGAGCUUGAGGUUGUAAGCAACUCCCUGGGUAGGAAGAACCAGCUUCUAGCCAGGCUUUCAGACUGCCUGGCCAGGGCUGAGAAGGACACACAGUUUCAUCAAGAGCCAGGAGCCGACGUGGCCCUGAAGUUCCAGGAAUUAAAGGGAAAACUUGAAGCUCUAGAAGGAGAAAACACCAAGAUCCAGGAACUAAACAGGCAGCAGAGUAUCCAGCUAGAGCAGCUGGCUAAGGAACUACAGCAGAAGGAGGAGGCCCGGGCUGACCUAGAGCACUUAGUGAAGGAUGUGUCCCUACUUGAGGAAGAGCUAUCUGGGAAGAAGCAAGAGUCAGCUCAGCUCCGGCGACAGCUACAGGAAUCUCUGGCCCACUUGAGCUCUGUGGAGGAGGAGCUGGCAGAAGCCAGGCAGCAGGAAAAGCAGCAUCGAGAAGAAAAGCAGCUACUGGAACAGGAAGCCAAGUCUCUGACAUGGCAGCUGCAGCUCCUAGAGACCCAAUUAGCACAGGUGAGUCAGCUUGUGAGUGACCUGGAGGAGCAGAAGAAGCAGCUUAUGCAGGACAGAGACCAUCUCAGCCAGAAAGUGGGCGCACUGGAACAGCUAGCUGAGGUGCGUGGGGCCAGCAAGAAUAGGGAGGCUCUGGCCUCCAUGAGCUCUGUCCCACCACAGACCGGGGAGAUACCAGAAGAGGGACAGCAAUCCCUCCACAAAGAACAUGUAAGCAAUACCACAGUGCCAGGGGGAGACCAGGAAAAAUUGGGAAAGAUCAACCAGGAGCUUCAGAAGGAGCUGCAGAACAUGGCUGUGCGCAACCAACUCCUAGAAGGCAAACUUCAAGCCUUGCAAACUGACUACAAGGCACUGCAGCAGCGAGAGGCAGCCAUCCAGGGCUCCUUAGCCUCCCUGGAAGCUGAGCAGGCCAGCAUCCGGCACCUGGGAGACCAGAUGGAAGCAAGCCUUUUGGCUGUGAGGAAAGCCAAAGAGACCAUGAAGGCCCAGGUGGCAGAGAAGGAGGCUGCCCUGCAAAGUAAGGAGGGUGAGUGCCGGCGGCUGCAGGAAGAGGCAGAUCAGUGCCGGCUUCGGACAGAGGCCCAGGAUCAGGAGCUCAGAGCUCUUGAGAACCAGUGCCAGCAGCAGAUUCAGCUGAUUGAGGCCCUCUCUGCAGAGAAAGGCCACCAGGAACUCAGCCUACCCCAAGUCAACUCGGUCCAACUGGCCCUGUCUCAAGCACAGCUAGAAGUUCACCAGGGGGAGGCCCAGCGGUUACAGAAUGAGGUGGUGGAUCUCCAGGCCAAGCUCCAGGUGGCCCUAGGUGAUCGAGACAAGUUACAGAGCCAGCUGGGUGUGGCUGAGGCAGUCCUGGGGGAGCACAAGACCCUGGUGCAACAAUUGAAAGAGCAGAAUGAAGCCCUUAACAGGGCCCAUGUUCAGGAACUGCUGCAGUGCUCAGAGCGAGAAGGCAUACUGCAGGAGGAGAGCAUCUACAAGGCCCAGAAGCAGGAGCAAGAGCUACAAGCCCUGCAUGCAGAGCUGUCCCAGGUGAGGUGCAGCACUGAGGGAGCCCACCUAGAGCAUGCAGAGCUACAGGACCAGCUGCACCGAGCCAACACAGACACGGCUGAGCUUGGCAUACAAGUCUGUGCCCUGACAGCUGAGAAGGAUAGGAUGGAGAGGACCCUGGCCAGCUUGGCCCAGGAGCUCCAGGACUCUAAAGAGGCAGCACUACAGGAACGAAAGGGCUUGGAGCUCCAAGUGAUGGGACUACAGCAAGAGAAGGAGCGCUUGCAGGAAAAGCUAAAGGAAGCUGAGGAAGCAGCUAGUUCAUUCCCUGAUCUACAGGCACAGCUGGUCCAGGCUGAGCAGCUGACCCAGAGCCUCCAAGAGGCUGCACACCAGGAACGAGAUACCCUCAAGUUCCAGCUAAGUGCUGAAAUCAUGGGCCACCAGAACAGAUUGAAGGCAGCCAGUGAAGAGUGUGGGAGCCUCAGGGCCCAGCUAGAAGAGCAAAGCCGGCAACUGCAAGUGACUAAGGAGGCUGUGCACGAACUGAAGGUCACCAAGGCAGCCAUGGAGGAGAAACUGAACUGUACCAGCAGCCACCUUGCAGAGUGCCAGGCCACUUUGCAGCAGAAAGAUGAAGAAAGCGCUACUCUUCGAAUAAGCCUAGAAAGAACUCAGAAGGAACUUGAAAAGGCCACAUCAAAAAUCCAAGAAUAUUAUAACAAACUCUGCCAGGAGGUAAAAAACAGGGAAAGGAAUGACCAGAAGAUGCUGGCAGACCUAGACGACCUGAACAGAACCAAGAAAUACCUUGAGGAACGGCUGAUAGAGCUGCUCAGGGACAAAGAUGCUCUCUGGCAAAAGUCCGAUGCACUGGAAUUCCAGCAAAAGCUCAGUGCUGAAGAGAAAUGUAUUGGGGACAUGGAAGCCAACCACUGCCAUGACUGCAAGCGGGAGUUCAGCUGGAUCGUGCGGCGGCACCACUGCAGGAUAUGUGGCCGCAUCUUCUGUUACUACUGCUGUAACAACUAUGCAGUGACUAAGCCCAGUGGCAAGAAGGAACGCUGUUGCCGAGCCUGCUUCCAGAAGUUUGGCGAAGGCCCUGGAUCCCCUGAUAGCAGUGGCUCUGGCACUAGCCAAGGAGAGCCCAGCCCCAUGGUUUCACCAGCUGAAGCAGGCUCCCAGACCAUAGGAAACCAAGGAGCAAACUCAGUCUGCAGACCACCAGAUGAUGCUGUGUUUGACAUCAUCACUGAUGAAGAAUUGUGCCAGAUUCAAGAAUCUGGCUCCUCCUUGCCUGAAACACCCACCGAAACUGAUUCAAUGGACCCAAAUAUGGCUGAACAGGACACCACAUCAAACUCACUAACUCCUGAAGACACUGAAGACAUGCCAAUGGGGCAGGAUGCUGAAAUAUGCUUGCUGAAGUCAGGAGAGCUGAUGAUCAAAUUGCCCCUCACAGUGGAGGAGAUCACCAGCUUUGGGGAGGGUAACAGGGAGCUGUUUGUGAGGUCCAGUACCUACAGCAUGAUCCCCAUCACCGUAGCCGAGCCUGGCCUCACUAUCAGUUGGGUCUUCUCCUCUGACCCCAAGAGCAUCUCCUUCAGUGUGGUCUUCCAAGAGACAGAAGACACACCUCUCGACCAGUGCAAGGUCCUCAUUCCCACCACCCGAUGCAAUUCCCACAAGGAGAGUAUCCGGGGCCAGCUAAAGGUUCGAACCCCUGGCAUCUACUUGCUUAUAUUUGACAACACCUUUUCCAGAUUUAUCUCCAAAAAAGUGUUUUACCACCUGACUGUUGACCGGCCUGUGAUCUACGAUGGAAGCGAUUUCCCAUAGCAUCAGUAACUGAACUUUUGAUAGCUCAUCAUCAUCCAAGGAAACACUACUACUCCUCACUCAUCUCAUUAAACACAUAUACCCAUACUCAGGACCAGAUAUGAGACUCACCUGUCUUCUUACCCAAAGGGAUACCUUGCCAAAUGUUUAUACUCUAGGGACACCAUUUGCCUCACCUGAGGUCACAAUUGGUAACAGUCUGCUGUGCUAUUAUUCAAGCCAAGAUUCACUCCUUGGGUAAUUCCAGGAGAAGAAGACCAUAGGGCAUCAUGAGAGAGAUGCCCCUAUCCCUUAGUUUAUCCAUAAGUAGGGGCUGCUUCUUCCACUCAGCAAUUUUGGGGAGGCCUGAGCUGUGCUGUCCUUCUGAGCCUUUGUCUCUUGAGGGCCUUUGUUCAUCCUGGCCGCUCAGCAGCUCUAAGUACACACACGCACACGCACGCACGCAUGUGUACACACAUGUAUGCAUGCAUGCACGCACACACACUCACAAACCAACCAGAGGUCUAGGAAAGGACAGCCACUUCCUGUAGGCUUCAGCUCUGCAUACAGAUGACAGGAGUAGAAAUACAGGCCAAGUUCCCUACGGUGACCUCAGGUUGGCCUCAGAGCUCAUGUGUCAGUUCCUAACCCAUCUUUGUUUAUAAACACCAGAAUUUCUGCCUCACCCGUAGGCAGUUUAUUAGUGAGUAGAGCCAGUUAAGAACCACUUUCAAUACCUGGAAACUUUCUAAAAGUCUUUGGUAAUGUGAGAAGCAACUAACAGAAGAGCAGGGCAUAACUUCCUUUUGGCCUCCGUUUGCCAGUCACUCCCUCUCCAUUUGCCUACGUCCUGCUCAUCAGCUCAUAUCUGAUACUGCAGGCAGCUUACUGUUUCCUUUCUAGGACAAAUAGUUUAGAUAGCUUCCUGUCACCAAUUUAACUUUGUUGGCGACUUUUUUUUAAUGUGAAGCCAGUAUGUGCAGUUGAGUCUUUGAAGACUGAUGUGGCUCCCUAUAGGUCUGUAUGUGGCCUGAGAUUGCUGAAGACCAAAUCAUCUUACCUUUGAACCUUCUACCCUCUUGCAAAUGGAAUACUGAAGCCCCUAGUUCAUUAGGCCAACAAUAUCCAGUACCAGCUAGGAUCUCAUUUUUAUUACUUGACUUUUCCAGAAUAUGUUGGAGACACUGGCCAAGCUUAUGGCCUUCUGCUGGCAUCACUGUCACCAUCUACAUCAAGAGCCACCACUCACUGAGUUGCUGGAAGGGGCCUGAAUUCUUCCAUCUGAGUUCAUCCUGAACCUCUGUCACUUACCAGGAGGCCCAUGUGGCUCUUAUGAAGCCAACUCAGAACUGAGGUGAGAGGCUUCAGUGCUGACUGCCUAGUGCUUUGGUAGGCUCUUACCAACUCUUUGUCUUUGAUGGUAUAUUUAUUUUUGUGCUGUAUUAAAUAUCAGUUCACUGGCCAUGCUGCAGUUCAUGCUCCUGAGCACUAGGCUACUAGAGAGCAUUUAGCCCUGUGUAAGUGUGCCUUUCACGUGUAGCUUUAUUAUUUUAAGUAGUUCCCAAUUUUAAUGAGGUUUAGUCAUUAGAGUAACUUUUUCAAAAAUGCAAAUGACAAUUGAGGAAUCACUGAGGAAGAUGGUGGCCCAGUUGGACUUAAUUACACUAAAAAUCGUAAGGAGACAUCCUUGAGAUCCUGGGUCAUUCUUUUUCUGGAGGGCAGCUCCUCCUCUAAUGACUCAGCUCCCUCAUAGCAGCCAUAGUAGUGUUGUCAGCUGCCUGUUUUCCAGUGCCACUGAAGCCUCUACUAGACUUCACCCAAGAAAUAAACCAGCCACGCAUACAGGGGGAAGCAUGUCUGACACGGAGUGACCCUCCAUGUCCCAGUGGACUUGGAGAGCAUUGCUGAGAUAAGCACCCUGGAUUCCAGCUAGCCCUGAACCAAGAAGGCAAAGGGAUUCUCAAGCAAGCAGAAAUCUAGAACUGAAAAUUUCCAUAUGGUUUGGGAAGUAGAAAUGAAGAGCCAUAUAUUAUUAAAGAAGAUGUUGUUUCUGAACAGCUUCAGUUGUCCCCCAGGUAUCAAGCCACUCCUGACUCCAAAAGAAAUCUUUCAGAUAUUGUUUGAUGUUCAUGGGGUUUUGUUUUUAAACUCAGACUCAGUGGUUCUACCUGUGAGAAUUCUUUAUACUGAGAAAACAUUCUUGGCUCAGAGGUUUUGGAAAAGGAGGCAGAGAGGAGCCAUCUUUGGUGCUCAGAACCAGGGAAUGCAACACAAAGACCAUCGAGUGCUGCUCAUAUUUACGAAAGCAAACACUACUUGAUAGAAUCUUAGCACAAUUUCCUCAUCUGCUUAAUUUCUUCCAACAAAACAGGAAAGCUAAUUCAAAAUUUCCUUUUCCCUCUCAAGCACUUUUGAAAUUUCCAGAGACCUCUCUGAUCAGGGGGUGUUUUUAGAGCCUUUUGAUGUGUGUUUAAUCUAGAUGGCCUGCUUUUAGUGACUACAGUGACACUGAGCCUCUGUGGGGAGGAGUGCACUUUAAUUCUUUAAUCCUCACCUUGCGUGGCCUUAUGAGAUACUGGGUCAGGAAACCCAUUUCAUUCUUAUCUGCCAAAGAGAUACUCAGAAGCACAUCAAACACCAGCACUUCAUCUACACAAAAGGAUGAGACUUUGGUAUCACUGAAUAUACUCCUUUAACAGUGUCUGCUAUGCCAUUUGGAAAUGUUUUUUAACCUCAGGUUUAAAUAAAGCAAACACUAUGGAUUUGGAGUAACAUUGUCUUUCAUUCCUCUGACAAGAAUAAAUCAUAAAAUGAGUGACAGAACUGAAUGACGACCCAGCAGGAAGCAGCACAUUCCCCAAGGGCCCUGCAGAAGAGAGUGUUACUUAAGUAGCAGAUGUGUUCUGGCAUUUGAUACUCAAGCCUGCAGUUCCUUCCACCUGCCCUCCUCUGCCAUUCAUAUGGCUCCAGCUCCUCUCUAAUGGCAUCAGAGUGCUCAAAGAGCAAACUUUAACCUGCCAAAUGAAGUGAAAAGGGUCCUGGAUACCUCUAAGCUCACUGUCAGUAAGCAUGCGGCACUGAUGCCUUGCAGAGAAAAAACAGCACUCCCACCAGUGUGUGUGCUCAGCAGCAAGGAGGCUAGAGACGUGAUGAGAGAGUGAGAGCUGCUCAUCCUGCACUGUUCCAGAACUGGUGCUCAGUACCUUAACCCUCGAGAUGACCAGAGACCCUAUCCUUUGAGUACAUGCCUCAGUGAACACCCCCAAGCAUGUUCCCCUCCCCUAGAUUUCCUCAUGGUUGCUGCUUCUGUAAUUCACAUUUUCUGUUACUCUGUGGUUCUCCCUUGAAGGCAAGGAACCACAUCUGUCACACUCAUCUUUAUUAUCUCCCACCAUAUGAAGCAAUAAGCUCAAAAAGAGGGUGCAAAAAAAAAAACAACAAAAAAAAAACACUGCACCAAUGAAGAUCCUAGUCAGUCUAAGGACUAACCUUAGGUUAGCAAAGGGGUUUUCAACAAUCACACUGGGCAACCAUCUCUGCUGAACACAACUCUUGAAGAAAGGCUGUGGGCAGAGUUGUGGGAUGAAUGAGCAUGGCGUUGUCACUUUGUUGUUGAAGGGUGUGUGUGUGGGGUGGUCUCACUGUGUAACCAAGGUUGGCCUCAAACUCCCAAAUGCUGGGCUGUAGUUGUAUACCACCAUGCUUGACUUCGCUGAAGACUCUUAGCACUGGCGAUGCCUUCAGAUCACACCUCUAGUUGUAGUGACUGGGUGUAGUGGAUCUAAGUGCCUCAAAUGAAACAGCAGAGUGAUUUCUUGACUAAUACAGCAGUGACUUGGACUCUGGGGUGGGGACUCGAACAUGGACUGCCCAAGACACCCAUGUUAUAUCUGGGGUGUUCAGGAUGGAAUGAUCGUCCCACCCAUGUAUGGCUGAGUAACUGCCGUAGCCCCAGUCUUGCCUAUUAAAUUAUUCAGUAGUUGUCUUUCUGUGCUUGGUUCUUUUCUGUUGUCACAGUGUCCUCCAGAUGCAUCCAAGUUACCAUAACUUGUUGGAGCUCACUCUUUAUUUCAUUAUGUAAAUUUACCACACUUUCUGUUGAAUGUGUACCUUAGUGAUUAUGAACCCUGCUUCAAUAAACACAGAAGGGAAGAUAA